AUGGCGCAAGCGCGCCAGCUGCAGGAUGCGUGCGACGCGCAAACCUUCGCCCCUUUGAAGCCGGCCAAGUUCGAGUCGAAGGUGACGGGCGUCGAGUGGGUCGGCGCCGACGACCAGAAUGUGUUCGUGGUGACGCUGCAGAACCGCAUCUGGCGGUCCAAGGACGGGGGCUCCUCGUUUGUGGACAUCACAGAUCGUUUCAACAGCUCCAUCAAGGGCGAGGAGCCCAUCGCCAUUGUCCAUGUCAUGGCCCACAAGACCAACCCAGGCCAGACCAUUUUUGUGGGCGCUGGCCGCUACAUGUGGGUGAGCAAGGACAAUGGCGAGACGCUGACAGCGGUCAAGAAUUCGUUUUCAGGCGCCCAUGCUACGCUACGAGUGAACAGGCUACAGCCGGACUGGGUUCUGGUGCACGCCAAGCGCCCAGACUGCCACAGCCUCGACGAUUACCAGAUCAGAUGUCCCUCGGACCUGUUUGUGUCCAAGACCGCCUUCGUCGACCUCAAGCUCGAAAACCUGACGGCCGCCUCAGGCGGCAAGAUCGCGGGUUUUGUUGAUUACGACUGGGGCAACGAGGCCUGCGGCAAGAUCGGGGGCGCCGCGGAGUGCAUCAAGCUGGGUAUCUCGAACGACACCGUGUUUGCGACGAUGUACGAGAAGGCAGGGGACUGGGACAGCUCGUGGGACCCCGACGUGCAUUUUGUGAGGAGCGACGACUACUUCAGAUCCAUCAAGUCAAAGGUCCAGUGCGGCAACCAGUUUGAGCUCAUGGGCAGCUCCAUCUACCUGGCGGUGUCGAACAAGUGCCCCGUGGAGCCCGCCUCCUGA